GAUGCGGCGCUUCUACAUGUUCAACACCUCUUUGCGCAACGGCGAGGUCUCAUCGCUCAUCUCCACCAAUGCGUGGCUACACUGCUGUCAGUGCCCGAACUAUGGCAGUCGUCUUGGCCUCAUCAGAAAAUGCAUACGAUCGUCUCUGUCCAAAUCUUCCCAGUCAGCUCCCCACUAUCACUACCACUGUACAGGAGAAGGUCGAUCACAGGUCUAUCAUGCAGCAGCUUUUCAAUUCUGAAUCACUUAGGAACAUCCAUUCAGUCGAGGACAUACACUCAACGAAGCCCCCACGUCCUAAUUCUACUAUCGAAGUCUCGUCUUCUGCUUCAAUGUCUGGCGAUGACCUGAUCAAACUUUGCGAGAUCACACGUAGCGCUCGUUCCGCUUUGUCUUCUUCGAAGCAAGAUGGCCAACUUGCCCAUCUCUACUCGAGGCUACGUUGCUUGUUUUCCAGCUUCUCAUCUCUGGCGCAUUCGUUCUCUGAUGAUCAUAUGGGUGUUUUGGCAGGACCAGUCACACCUCACUUUAUGAUUCGUUGUAUUAGACUCCAUCAUGUGUUCGAGUCAGUGCACGAAUUUGGUCAAGAUGCCUCAACUGUCGUUUUCGAUUCCAUAUGGGAAGCUCUUGAGCCAGUGUUCGAGAGCCCCUUUGACUCAAGAUAUCAAGGACUAAGAACCUUUCAGACCUUCCCAUCUGAUGUUAAGGGCUCUCGGGUCACUAGUGUGUUACAUUAUGCUAUUCAUGCGCUUACUUCAUUUGUGCCUCAAGCUUCGAGGGAAACUUGGCACAUGAUUUGGUCUACGAUUGUUAAUGGCAAAGCGUAUGGCAAGCAAAAACAAAUUCCAGACGAUCCAAUUCUUUCACCUUGGCUAUCAACGCUCGACAGUUUUGAGCAAGACUCUGCUAUGCGGAUGGCAAAACGCCUGAUCCGGGCGAUUGGUGCCAGAACAUGCCUUGAAGAAACCCUGUCCGCCUGUGGCAUGGGCGAUGCAAAGCCGGAUCCGCGGCUGCAAAUCUGGCAAACUAGCCGCCGGGUCAGAGAAUCCCUCACCGAUUUACUAGUUCAAGAGGAGCAAAGUAUACGGAUGGCUACAUUGAAGACCAAGUACCGGGAAGAGUUACGACAUGGUGGAGAGCUUGUUGGCACCACAUCUCUUAUCUGGCUUGAGUGGCUACGCAGAUGUUUCUUGAAGGAAUGGGACGGCUCUUUGCAGAUAAACAGAUGGACUGUCGCUGGCUCGGCACUCGAGUUAAUUGAAGAUCUUUGUAGGGGGAAACACCGAGGUCGAGGACAGCUAGAUAUGCCUGCAAGACUGUUCACAUGUUCUGCCGUGUUCGAUUCUCUCAACGUUGAUAAGGCAGCACAAGACUGGCUGUCCUACAAGCCAGGCCCCAACAUUUAUCAUUACAUUGUGUUGAAGAUCAACAGGCAGUCCGUACUAUCUGAUGCUUUUGAUCAAUUAUGGCACAGGGAGAGGCGAGAGUUGUUACGACCACUCAGGAUACGUAUGGGAAUCGACGAAGGCGAGAUUGGUCAUGAUCUUGGAGGCGUUCAGAUCGAAUUUUUCAAGCUUGCCUGUCAAGAGGCUUUCAAUCCCGCCUACUCACUCUUUUCAAUCGACCCUCAAACUCGCCUAGCCUGGUUCCAGCCUGCGACGAUGGUACCACUUUACAAGUACCAGCUUUUCGGUUUACUGUUCGCUCUCGCCAUCUACAACGGCAUCACCCUACCAGUUUCAUUCCCUUUGGUCUUCUACAAGAAACUUCUUUUCCAGUUACCUACUGAAGCUGAUCUCGGAGAGGGCUGGCCGAGUUUGGCUAGGUCUUUGCAGCAUCUCCAGAUACAUCAAGGUUCCGUAGAGGAAGACUUUGCUCGAGAUUAUGUCUACAGUUUUGAUGCUAACGGCUUGCAUCUGGAUGUAAGUAUGGAUGAUCCAUGGGAUGGUUGGUCUGUGUGGGACAAGAUCAAAUCAGGCAAAAACAUGAGUCUGGGACGAUUGAAGGUGAUGCGACAAUACCCAGACAAGCACCAUCCGACGUCCAAGUCUACACCUGUGGCACAGUCUGCUUCGCAUGAGCUACCGGAUGCUACGGACCAUACGGAUUCACCAAGCGAACAGACGCAAUCUGAGAUUGGAGCUCGUGGGUAUCACCAAAGCAGAUUCGAGUGGCCAGGCUGGAAGGUCGAGGUCGCAAACCCAGGCGAGUCACCUCAACCAGUCACAAAUGACAAUCGUCAGGACUUUGUCUCGAGCUAUUCGAAAUGGGUCAUGGACUGGUCUGUUCGCCCUCAGUUCAAUGCGUUUGCUAAAGGGUUCUAUUCUGUAAUGAAUCUCAGACCAUUGUCGGUAAGAAUUUGCUUUGUUACACCAGUCUCAAAUCAUGCUCACAUGUGUCCANNGCUUAUGAACGCCGAUCAAUUUCGCACCCUGGUCGAAGGCCAUAACCACCUCGAUAUCAACGCCCUGCAAAAAGCCACAACCUACAAUCAUUACACAGCCAGCACACCUGUCGUUCGUUGGUUCUGGGAGGUGGUCAAGGCUUACCCUCAAGAAAAGCAGAAGCAAUUGCUGGAAUUCGUUACAGCAAGCAGUCGAGUGCCCGUGAAUGGGGCGGAGAGCUUGAUUUUCGUUAUUGAGAGAAGCGACUCCGAAACGAGCGCAUUGCCUGGAAGCAGCACCUGUUUUGGUACGCUCAGACUUCCUGAAUAUGAAAGCAAGGAGGUUUUGGCGAGCAAGCUGGAUAUCGCUUUGGAACAUUCAUUGGGCUUUGGACAAGCA